AUGGCGACAACUCCUCUUGUUGAUCGGACUGAUAUCUCUGGUGAUCAGAAUGAGUCACCUUUCGUCGUGCACCAUUCUGAUAAUCCUGGUGCUAUUUUAGUGACCAAUCCCCUUGUUGGAGACAACUAUUUCACAUGGCGAUGGGCAAUGAAAAUGGCCCUGAGUGCCAAGAACAAGUUCGGAUUUGUUGAUGCAAAUAGCGUUAUCUAUGCCAGUGAAGCUCACGAGGUUUGGAUUGAUCUUCAAGAACGUUUCUCUCAAGGUAAAGCUGCUCAUAUUUAUCAAUUUAAGAAGAUGAUAUCUGAUUUACGCCAAGAACGCAAUUCAUUAGCUGUCUACUUCACUACACUUAAAACUUUUUGGGAUGAACUUGGAUCUUAUUCAACUGUGUCUGCAUGUACUUGUGGUGCGUUUAAAGAGUUUCAUUCAUGUCAAGAUCAUGAAAAAGUUUAUCAGUUCCUAAUGGUAUUGAAUGAAAGUUUUAGCAAUCUUCGAAGUCAGAUUCUUGCUAUCGAUCCUCUACCCAACAUUAAUAGGGUAUAUACUAUGUUGCUUCAAGAAGAGACUCAACGUCUUCUCACACCAAAAAUGUCUGGAUCCAAUAACAUAGCUCUUGCUGCCAGGUCUUCUCCUACAUCAUAUACCAAACGGAAUAAGGCAAGGAUGCCUAAUGCUACUCGCAAUCGUCCUCGACCAAAAUGUGAUCAUUGUGGAAUGCUUGGGCAUAUAAAAUCUCGAUGUUAUGUGCUUCAUGGUUACCCUCCAAAUCAUCCUAAGGCUGCAGGUUCAACUGGUGAUUCAUCUAAAAUUGAAAAGGCACAACAGGGAGGAACAUUGGCAAACAAUGUAAAAGUCAGUGCUGUUUUGUCACAACUUACCGAAGAACAGAUUGUGAAGGAGAACCAGAAAUUACAUAAAGGUUCAGUUGAAAUUGAAGAUGAUUCUGCUUCGUUGGCUGAUGUGAACAUACUGCCUGGAGAUGUUCUUUGGGUUACUGACACAGAAGUACAUGAGAAUCGUGAUAUUGCAGAUGAACUUUUGGGAAGCAGGAUGGAAUUUGAGCCGGCAGAGGAAGGGUUUAAAGGAACUCUUUUGGCAUCAAAUGGCUCGGUUAAGAUGGCUUUAUGUAACAACUGUUUAUAUUAA